UUUGCAAUUGAUUGAAAAUAUAAACAUUAAAGACUUUAAAUGAUUUUCAUAUUUUACAAUGUUUCAUUUUGAUACAAUUUGUAGAACCUGUUCAUCUGAGGGGGAAUUACAACCCCUAUUCAGUGAAAACUCUGUAAAAAUAGCAGAUAUAUUAACAGAAAUCGUCGAUAUAAAGGUAAUUGAAAAUGAUAAUUAUCCACAGAAAAUAUGUGGAAACUGUUUGGAUACAUUAAAUUCCGCUUACAAUUUUAAAAAACAAUGCCAUGAAGUUAAUAAAAAAUUCACAGAUAUUUUAAAUAAUGUUAAAAGUGAAAUUGAAACGAUCAAAGAGGAAAAUUGUCUGAAUGAUGAAGAAGAUAACGAUGAUAAUUAUCAAUCUUCAAAUGAUUUCGAUGAUGAACAACCAGAAGAAAAUAAAAUAAAAAUAAAAUGGCAUAAUAGACGGAAACGUACUUGUAAUAUAUGCAACAAAACUGUAUUAAGAUUGAAAGAUCAUUUGCGUUCACAUACCAAAGAAAAACCAUUUAAAUGUGGAACAUGCCAACAAGAAUUUUCCACAAGUUCAAAUUAUUGUCGACAUAAAAAAAUACACACCGGCGAAAGACCUCACGUUUGUAAUAUUUGUGGACGUAGUUUUAUAACAACAUCGAAUUUAAAGGAGCACUUAAAAAUUCAUGAUAAAUCCACGGGUGUAAACAAAGAGAAAACAUAUUUAUGUAAUUAUUGUGGGAGAGCGUUUGGUCAUAGAACAGCGAUGUUUAAUCAUGUAAAACUACACACGGGAGAACGACCAUAUAAAUGUGAUCUUUGUGAAAAAUCAUUUUUGCAACUCGCCUUACUAACCCAACAUAAAUUAAAUCACACCGGAGAAAAACCACAUAAGUGUAAUGUUUGUGAGAAAUCAUUUCCUGCAAAAGGGAAUUUAAUACGACAUAUGCGAAGUCAUACGGGAGAAACUCCAUUUGUUUGUUCACUUUGUAAUAAAGGAUAUCGUAAUUCGUGUGACUUGAAAAAACAUUUAAUAAGACACAAAAAUAAUAAAAUACGUACGAAACCACCCGCGGAAAAAGUGUACAAAUGUACGUUAUGUGAUAAAGCGUUUGCUUUUAAAUCCAGUUUAACGUCGCAUAUGUUUAUGCAUUCGGGCGAGACACCUUAUGUGUGUUUGGUUUGUGAUAAAGGUUUUUAUGAUUCGAGUAACUUUUCUAAGCAUAAGAGAAAACAUUUAUUAGCGGAAGAUCGAAUUAAAGAAGACAAAUUAUUAGAAAAUAUCCAAAAAUAAAUUUUUUGGAGAACAAC